AUGGAAGAGAUUUUAAAAUCUCAGCUCAGCGGGUACAAACAUAUCGUGAAUUUUUUUGUAAAUUCAACGGAAAAGGCAGGUGCAGGGGCACAAACUGCAGAUCAUUUCAAUACGCGUCUAGAGUUGCUCGAGAGAUAUUGGUCAAGGUUUGAGGAACGACACGAUGAUUUGCUCAAGUUCGAGGAUCAAUUGAAAGAUAGAGAGUAUUUUCGCGACGAUCUCUAUACUUCGGCCGAAGUUGAGUAUUCGAGCGCGCGUGCUAGAUUACGUGGUAAGCUAGCAGAGCUAAAUCCGCAACCCCCUCAACAGAACCCACCAGCUUCACAGCAUUUUGUACAAAAUUUUAACGCGUCCUCUUCUCGAUUAACACUCCCAAGCAUUUCGUUACCUACGUUCUCCGGCAGCCAAGGAGAAUGGGAGAGCUUUAAACAGCGAUUUUGCUCGCUAAUUAAGGAUAAGAUCGAUAUCCCGCGAGUAGAAAAACUACAACAUUUGCUUAACGCAGUUCAAGGCCAAGCGGCGCAACGUUUAAAGGGUCUUGACGUGAUUGAAACCAAUUUUGAUGUAGCGUGGGACAAGCUAGUACGGCGUUAUGACAAUCCGCGAAUUCGCCUUUUUAAUACUCUCGAGAACUUGAUACAGCUACCGUUAGUCAAAGCUCGCAAUGUUCAGGACUUGAAUGAUAUGAUGGACCAAGUCGAGGAAGCUGUUCGAGCGCUUCGUGAUCUGACUUGCCCCAUUGAGCACUAUGAUAACUGGUUCGUGCAUUGCAUUAUUAGAAAGCUCGAUUUAAACUCUCGAGAGGCGUGGGAGGUUUCGCAGAGUGCAGUUGACGGUUUCUCAAGUUAUGACGUGUUAUUACGUUUUUUAGAGAAGCGUAUUCAAACGUUAGAGCAAGCACGCACUACAACCGAGACCUGUGAACCGCGUGGCAAGAAAGCGAAUAAUUCGGCUUCUCGUUUUUCCAAUCGUGUGACAGCCAAUAAUGCCCAGACUGUUGAGUCAACAGACUCGAAGUCCGGCCCUUCAUGCGAUCUUUGUAGAAACAAUCACUGGCUGCAUCAUUGUAGUCAGUUCAAUGCUAAAACGCCUUCUCAACGUUUAGAGUUCUGCAAAAAGGCUAAACUUUGUCUUAAUUGUUUUAAGAAAGGGCAUUUCGCUGACAAAUGCACCUCAAAGCAUCGGUGUUUUACAUGCCGGGCAGCGCAUCAUACUAAGCUUCAUCCGGCUAAUUUUCAAAUUCAGGAUUCAAGCAAUCGUGGCUUUCCAAAAUCGAAUAAUAAUAAUAAUGCCACACAGGUCACUGGCGCUGCUGCUACUUCUGCUGAUUCGGGCGGUGAAAUCGCGUCACAUAGUGCCUCUGUAGGAGCAACAGUACUUCUGGCAACGGCCCGCGUUAUAGUUGCCAAUUCGGCCGGUAAAUCUCUAGAAGUUCGCGCAUUAAUCGAUCCCUGUGCAGAAAAAUGCUUUAUUUCAAAGCGCACGGUGAAUUUUCUCAAGCUUGAUUCCGAGAAAACUUCGCUUUCGGUGAUCGGUGUCGGAGCAGAGACUUCUUCUAGAUGCUAUUCUAUUGCUCACGGUAUCCUAAGGACGAACAAAAAACAAAAUUUUGCAAUGGGUUUUUCGGCUUUAGUUCUUAAUGAGCUUACUAGGUGCUUGCCAAAGCAAAAGCUCACGCGAGGGAAUUGGCCGCAUCUCGAGGGCCUAGAUCUAGCAGAUCCAGACUAUACUGAUCCUGCAAAAAUCGAUGUAAUUUUAGGGGCUGAUGUUUAUCCAGCUUUAAUUAUGGAAGGUUUGGUCAGGGGUCUAGCAGGUACUCCACUGGCUCAGCAAUCGGUAUUCGGUUGGUUGCUAACUGGAGCUAUCGAUUCUGGUAAUCCGCAAAGCUCGUCGAUUCGCGCGUUUCACACGCACACGGAACCUUCGCUAUCUCAACUUGUCUCAAGAUUUUGGGAGAUAGAAGAAGUUCCUCGUAAGUCCUUGUUGACCGCUGACGAAGAAAAGUGUGAGGAGCUUUUCGCAAAUUCGUAUUCUCGCAAUGAAAACGGUCGUUUUGUAGUUCGUCUACCUUUCGCUAAGAGACCCAAUUUUCUUGGCUCUCGUGAUAUUGCUGCAGCGUGUCUGGCUCGCUCUGAGCGGCGACUGCAGCACAAUUCUCAACUUGCUGAGCGCUACAAGGCUUUCAUGUGCGAGUAUAUUGAGCUGCAGCACAUGGAGUCUGUUCCGGUAUCGCAAAUCAACAGGCCCAGUUUUUAUAUGCCUCAUCAUGCAGUAGUAAAGCCCGACAAUAUAGAAAAAAUCCGCGUAGUCUUCAACGCGUCGCAAAAAUCUCGCAAUGGGAUCGCCCUUAAUGAUUUGCUCUUGCCUGGCCCAAAGUUGCAGACCGAUAUCGCAAUAGUCUUAACACUUUGGAGGCAAUUUAGAUAUGUGUUUACUACUGACGUUAUCCAGAUGUUUAGGCAAAUACUGGUACAUCCCAAAGAUGCGGAUUGGCAGCGAAUUCUCUGGCGAAAGGAUAGCAAUCAGCCGUCGAAGGACUACAGAUGUACCACGGUGACGUACGGCACUGCGUCUGCUCCAUUUUUAGCUCUUCGCGUGAUGAAGCAGCUGGCCAUCGAUGGAGCUGCCGACUAUCCAGAUGCCGCUGCAAUCCUGCAACAUACGCUCUAUGUUGAUGAUCUCUUCGCCGGAGCAGACACGGUUGAAGAGGCGCUGCGACGACGUGACCAGCUGAUUGCUCUGUUAGGGACUGCUGGUAUGGCCCUUAGCAAAUGGGCAGCGAAUGUACCACAGCUGCUAUCAGGUUUGAUUUCAACGUCUACGGGUGUGGUGAAUGUAAAAGCAGACGAGGUAAUAUCUACUCUUGGCCUUAAGUGGCUCCCCCAAGAAGAUAAAUUCAUGUUUUCGGUCACCGAAACGCACUCACCAUGCGAAGUAACAAAACGCUUAAUCUUGUCUGAUAUUGCUCGUUUGUUCGACCCUCUAGGAUGGCUAGCACCAAUGAUUGUCGUUGCCAAAAUCAUUAUGCAAGAUUUGUGGAUCGAUAAGGUGGACUGGGACGCGCCUACAACGCAGUCUCUGCAAGCUCGAUGGUUGCAAUUCCGAGCCAAUCUUUCAGACGUACCAAGGAUCCGAAUUCCAAGGUGGAUAAACAUAAAGGAGAAUGACGACUGGCAGCUGCACGGAUUCGCCGAUGCCUCGCAAAGGGCUUAUGCUGCAGCAGUUUACUUAGUGGUGCCUGGGUCUACGCCUAUGCUGCUUGUAGCGAAAACCAAGGUCGCGCCUACGAAGGUGCAGUCGCUGCCAAGGCUGGAGCUCUGUGCUGCUACACUGCUAUCUCGACUGACGUCGUAUCUCCUCAAUUCGUUGCAUCGUCCACCGACAGCGAUCCACUGCUGGUCAGACUCACGAGUUGUACUGGAGUGGUUGAAGGAUCAUCCGUCCAGGUGGCAAACCUUUAUUGCCAACCGCACAAGCGAGAUCAUCACUCGGAUUCCAUCAGCUAUUUGGAGACAUGUGAGAUCUGCUGACAACGCUGCGGACUGUGCAACGCGAGGCCUUAGUCCCGCAGACCUUGCUACAUUUCGGCUCUGGUGGCACGGACCCGCUUGGCUUCCGCUACCAGAAGCAGCCUGGCCGUCAUCCGUCCCUUUGAGCGCUCAAGCCAUUGAGGAGACGCAUGCUCUUGCAGCCAUGGAGAGGAAUGACGAGGAAGUCAGUUUGGUCGCAGGUUGCAGCUGUUUGCCGUCGCUGCAAAAGUUUUCUGAUUUUGAGAAAAUACUGCGCAUCUUGGGCUACUGUGGGCGCUGGCUUCGGAAACCAGAUGAUGAGCCACGAGAAAGUAACAAAUUCAUCUCACUACGGGAGAGGGCUCUUGCCCAAAAUUUUUGUUACAGAGCUAUCCAGCAACAACAUUAUAAGGAGGAGCGAAAGCAAUUGCUAGCGAAUAAGCUGCUUUCUAAGCGUAGUCCGCUGGCUCGUCUCAGUCCUUUUAUCUGCGAACGGGGUUUGAUCCGAGUGGGAGGUCGACUACAUUAUUCGCCGAUACCUUACAACGAGAAGCAUCCAAUUGUGCUACCAGGGGGAUGCAUUCUGGUCAAACGACUCGUCGAAGAAGUGCACAAGUUAACGCUUCAUGGUGGCGCACAACUUAUGUUGUCCCAUAUCUACCGCUCGCUCUGGAUCACUCGAGGCCCGGCCGUAGCAGCAGGAGUCUACAGGCGAUGCGUCCGCUGCACAAGAUUUGAUGGCAGAUGCUCUGCCCAGCAGAUGGGCCCCUUGCCUGCUGACCGAACGACGCCGUCUCGUGCAUUUGCCGUUACCGGACUGGAUUACGCAGGGCCCAUCCCUGUGCUGUUUUCCAGAGGCCGAGGGGCAAAAUCUACAAAAGGCUACGUCGCAAUAUUUAUUUGCUUAUUUACGCGAGCUGUACAUAUUGAAAUUGUUUCGGAUUUAUCCACAGAUGCUUUUCUUGCAGCUUAUGCACGGUUCUGCGCUCGUAGAGGGGUUUGCAAGAAACUUUAUUCGGAUAACGCAACAACCUUUAAAAAAGCUGAUAAGGAGCUGCAAGCGCUCUUCGCCAAGUCGUCACCCUUUAUGGACAGCGUGGUAUCAACUUUGGCUACCCAAUGCACCCAAUGGUCGUUCAUUCCACCACGUUCCCCACAUUUCGGCGGACUCUGGGAAGCGGCGGUGCGUAGUUUCAAGCACCACUUCCGCAGAGUCAUCGGAGAUCACUCGCUUACCUUCGAGGAGCUGUCGACGUUGGCUGCGAAAAUCGAGGCAUGCCUUAAUUCUAGGCCGCUGUGCCCCCUCAGCACAGAUCCCAAAAACGCAGUCGCUCUCACUCCGGCGCAUUUUUUGACGGGCUCAUCUUUGCUGUCAUCUCCGGAGCCGUACGACGAAGCAACUCAGCCCAUUUCACUCAACGACCGGUGGAGGUUGCUGGGCAAUCUUAGAGACUCCUUUUGGUCACGUUGGAGAAAGGAGGUCCUACAUCUUUUGCAGCGUCGAAAUAAAUGGUUGGACCCAGAGCCAAACUUGCAAAAGGGGGACGUCGUUUUGUUGACGGACGAGCUCUCGCCUCCAACUCAGUGGCGCCUUGGCUUGGUCAUCGAAGCACAUCCGGGGGCUGACGGGCUUGUGCGAGUUGUCACUGUCAAGACGGCCACAUCCACGUUCACUCGUUCAGUAGUGAAGCUUGUGAAACUACCUACUGAGCCAGAGCUUGUCAACUUUUACCACCAACUGCCGACAAAAUCCGCUUCGGCUACAGAAAAAAAAAUAAAAAUGAUUGUAUAA